AUGAAACAUUCUUUAUUGUUUAUCACUACCUUGUUGGUACUGACAUGGCACGCAUUAAUAACUCAAGGUUGUUCUUCAUUCCCAACACCUAUUCCAAUUGAUCUGAAUCAUCCAACAAUUCAAAAGGCAUUCAAUGAUGUUGACCAAAUGCUUGAGGCCAACAUGAAGGCAACAGGUGUACUUAACUACAUGGCUACAAUCACAUAUCGUGAUGAAUUAGUUUGGUCCAAGGCUUAUGGACAAGUUAAUCCUCUGGAUCCAAAGUCUCCACCUCUAACCAUUGAUAACACUGUAAGAAUUGCUAGUAUUACAAAGACCUUCACUGAUUUGAUGAUGUAUGAAUUGAGGGAUAGAGGUAUUAUAUCUCUUGAUGACCCUGUCUCAAAGUAUUACCCAGAGUUCACCGUUCGUGAUCCAUAUGGAACUGCCCGAGAGAUUACCUUCCGUCAAUUGGCAUCCCAUCAGACUGGUUUGCCAAGAGAGGUGCCAUGUAACUUUGAUGAACUCCAGGAUCCAACCAAGUGUAGUGAAGCCACUAUCUUGGAGAGAUUGGGCGAGACCUUCCUCAUCCUACCACAAUACUACCAUGUCCAUUACUCCAACCUUGGAAUGUCUGUACUUGGUCGUACUUGUGAGAAGGCUGCCAACAAGUUGUACGAGGACUAUGUACAGGAGAAGAUCCUCAAUCCACUUGGAAUGCUGAACUCAUCCUACUACUACGAUGACAUCAAGGACCGUAUGGCUGUUGGUCUAAACUUGGACAAUGGUACCUACUCUGCCGCCGACAUCUACCCACUUGGCUGGGGUACUCCAAUGGGAGGACUGUACUCUUCUGGUCGUGACAUGGCAAGAUAUGCUGCCUUCUGGUUGUCAGAGGAGAAUGUGAUCCUUGACUCCUCAACUGUGCACCAAGCCAUCCAAGCUGGUGUCUACCUCGUCAAUGAUGGCCAGUCAUCAUACGGAACACCAUGGGAGACCUUCUUCAGUACCCAGAACAACCUUUGGAUUAGAGAGAAGGCCGGUGCACUUGAUGGAUACCGUUCACAACUUGGUCUGGUGAGAGAGUAUCGUCUCGGUGUGUUCAUCUCUGCAAUGCUCUUCAUCAACACUGAGGACGUCUGGAUGAUGGAUGCCAUGGACAUCCUCAUCCCUGCCUUUGACGCUGUAUUGAGGGAGGCUGGAUCACCAAUCCAGAUCCCAGGUGUGCCAGUCAACACCUCUCCACACAAGGCCUCACUCCCUAACUCUGCCUUUGUUGGUCUCUACCUGGACGAUAUCAAUGGUGAAUGUUUCCGUGUGAUGGAGAAUGGAGAACAACUCACUGCAGACUUCUGUGAUGGCAGAACCUUCAACGUGACGGAGUUCUCUUCAGAGACACCAACUCUCAAGAGGAUACAGGUGGCCGAUGCCUCGCUGGACACUUGUUGGUACAUGACAAUGGGUGAGAACUACGAGAUUGCCUACUUCUACUUUGGUGAUGAUCGUGCCACUUCUGUAAUGAUCAUGGGUCAGACCACUCCAUUGUACUCGACCAACCCCAACGAAGUUGUGGCAAGGAAGAAAACAAUGUCAGCCAGAAGAAUGUUCAACUGA